UUAUCAUAUUGGUAUUAUAACAAUAUGUGCUUUCAGGUAAACCAUAAUUUCACACGGAAAGAUUGUGGCACAAGUUUAGAAGCUAGAGUCCAGAAACGUUUACAGUAAUCUCAUUACCAAAUUGCUGAUUUGGCAUAACUGGAAAUGAAAUGCAUUUACGAAUGUUUCUAUAAAACCUGUUUGUAAUACAUAUAAGAGAGCCUAGGAGUUACAGUAAUUUAGACCAGAAUGAAAUGCACCGUGCAAAAAAAAUCAUUCACUCAGGUCUAUCUUAGUCUUAUUAAUUUUGCUUUAGACCAUGAACGUAGCAUUAAAGCCAAAAAGUGGGCGGUGCCAUCUUAGUGGGCGUGGCUGUUACGUCAAAGCUUAUUUCAUUGAACAAUAAAGGUAAAGCCACCGGAACGACGUGUGUGCUGUUUGGUUGCCACAGACGCGUUGACUCGUUGCUAACAGGAAGAUGGAAUAACUACUUCCAGGUCAACAAGGUUAGCGGGUGUCCACGUGAAUUUUCAGACUGCACAAAAGGUCCACGUUCCCUUUAUGUUUCAGACGGACGACGAGGACGUGAUAUUUGUUUCAGAAAAGACUGCUCCUAAGUCCAGUGAGGUUACCAUUGACCAGGUGAAGCUACUGGCUUUGCAGAGGGACAUAGAUCAGGGAUCCCUUCCCAGAGAGCCGGCUGAACCCGUGAAAAGCCAGAGGUCUGCUGCUGUGGAAAAAGUCAAAAUGAAAACAGAGGAAGAGAAAAGUGAAAAGAAUCUUAAGAAGAAGGAGAAGAAACACAAAAGAGAACAAGCUUCUCUGCCUAACAGAAAAAUGUAUACUGAUGAUGGUGAGAUGGCAGAGGUGAAAAAAGAAAAGAGAAACAAAGAAGAGCAAAUCAUGGUUUUAGAGGAGGAAACGACAUUGGAUGGAAUCAAUUCAAAGGAAAGAAAGAAGAAAAAAAAGAAGGGGAAAGUUAGUGAUUCUCUAAAUGGUGAUGAGGAUGAGAAAGAAAGGGUCAGCAAAAAGAAGAAAAAUCAGCUUGCUAGUCAUGAGGAUCAAGAUGAAGUGGAAGAAGGAACAAAACAGCGGAAGGAGAAGAAAGGGAAGAAAAAGGCUGUACAAGUAAAAUUAGAAAACAUAAAGGUAGAAAAAGAAGAGGGUGAUGUAGAGCAAGCUGGAAAUGACAAAGUGCAAAAAAAAGCCAAAAAAACAAAAAACAAUAUUUCACUUGUGAACAAGAAGAAAACUGAGGCGCAAGUUAAAGAAAAGACAAAGAAGAAAAUACAAAUUGUAGCCAAGACUGAAAUGGGUGUAAGUAAAAAGAAACAUAAGGUGGCUGAAAAUGUAAGGAUGCUGGAGAUACCAGAGGACAAGAUUGAUAACGGUGAUGAAGUCAAAGUAAAAAAGAAGAAAAAGAACAAAAUGAAAGAUAAAAGUGAGGUAGAAACCCCAGUGGUCAAAGGCAAUGGCAAAAUAAGCAAAACAUCAGCAAAGAAGAUUGAGACUGAUAUAAUCAUAGAUGAUGAGAAGAUAGAAUCAAGGAGAAAAAUAAAAAAAGAAAAGGAGAGAAGGGCUUUAGAGGAGGUCAGUGAAGUAGAGGACCCAGGGCCAAACAAGAAGAGGAGGAAAAGGGCAAAGAGAGAAGAGGAUGAAGCAUUAUCAAACAAUGUUAAAGAAGCUGAGGAGGAGGAUCAGCGUGGGGAAAGUUUAGUUGCAACAAACACAAAAAGCAAAAGGAAGAAGAGCUUUCCCCCACUAGAACAGGUGGACAACAUUGUUACAGAUAAUGCAAAGAGGAAGAAGAAGCAGAAGAAGAUUAAACUGGAGGAAGUGGAAGAGCCACAGGAGCCUCCACAGCCUGAUGUAGUGUUUCUAUCAGCGAAGAGUGGAAACGCUGAUGAGGUCACCAUCAACAAGGAGAGAAGACAGGCUUUACAGAUGGAGAUUGACAAGGCCUCUCAGCCAGAGCAACCUGCUAAACCUUCGGUUCCUCAGGGUUUUGGCCAGUGGAGCACCGCACAGUUCGACACUUCUGCACAGCAGCAGAAGUUCCUCCGGCUGAUGGGUGGCCUCAAAAAGGGUUUCCAGCCAGCGGCAGCGAGCAACGGGGGCGCAAACAUGGCAAUGGGAAAGCAGGCCCAGCAGCAGCUGCAGCAAGGCCUCAUGGGAGAGUUUGAGCGUGCUCAUUCGCGACGAAUGGACUUCAGUAGCAGGGGAGCAGGACUCGGGUUCGCUGCUCCAUCCAAUAAGAAGUUCGCUAUCGAUGUCAAUGCGUGUCGAUCAGUUCGCUUUGAUGAUUGAGUGUGAGUGCGUGUGAAUGGUUGGGCAAAGCGUGUGGCUUAUGUUUACCCUAGUUGUGUGCUUGGGUUCACUGAAGAUUCUUAACAUUUUAUGUAAAUAUUUAUCAAAAUUUUGAUGAGAACUCAACAUGCCCUUUGUAAAUACGGUGCUGUGAUCAUCACUCUAAUUGUGGAAGUGAACGGUUGCAUUAAAGACUGAGAAUUACUUUAUAAUGAAA